AUGAAGUUCUCUGGCUCGAUUAUCGUGCUUCUAGCCGCCCCCGCGGCCGCUCUUCAGGGAGGAUACCUUUCUCAUAUGGGAGGAGGAAGCACAGUGAAACCGUCAAGCAUAAAACCUAGUGGACCCGGGCCUGCUGUUGGGGCUUCUUAUUUGGAUAAUGUUGGUGGAUUUUCAGCUCCUGUUUCUGAGCCCCCUGCUCCUGUGGAAUCUGCUGCUCCCAUUACUCCAGCAGCCACUGCUGGAUCUGGCCCUGCAGGGUAUCUCUCUCAAAUGGGAGGUGGGAGUACCAUGAAACCUUCCAGUCUUAAAAAGAGUNNGCCUGGUCCGAAGGCUGGAAGUUCCUAUUUGGAUAAUGUUGGUGGAUUUGCGGCCCCCGUUGCUGAGGUGGCCGCUCCAGCAACUCCGGCUGCUCCUGCUAGUGCGGGAUCAGGCCCCCAAGGGUAUCUUUCGCAGAUGGGAGGUGGAAGUGCAAUGAAGCCUUCCAGUCUUAAAAAGAGUGGGCCUGGCCCCACUGCUGGAAGUUCCUAUUUGGAUAAUGUUGGCGCAUUUGCGGCCCCUGUUGCUGAGGUGGCCGCUCCUGUGGUUGAGGCGGCUGCUCCUAUGGUAGAACCAGCCAUCCCCGCGGGUUCUACUGGAUAUCCCUAUUUGGAUGCCAUUGCUGCCCUCGGUUCAUCAGCUGCCCCUGCCGCCCAAUCAGCUGCUCCGGCAAGUGCCGCUGCCUUUUCCAUGUCAGAAUUGGUGGAUGACUCUGCCACAGCGGCUGCUGCUGGAGACUACUUGAACUCUUUGAAGGUUGCGGCUGCUCCAUCUGGAAGUGGUCCUGCUGGAUACCUUGAUAUUCUCACAGUUUCAUCCAGUACUGUCAUGGGAGGACUUGGCCCCGCAAGUUACCUUGACAAUAUUGCAGGAGCUGCCAGUGUGACGGCAAAGGUUGAAGCUGCUACAGAAGAUACUCUGACAAAAAAUUAUUCCCCUGUCUUGCAUGCCAUUAAUCAGCUGAAUUCUAACAUGAUGCAAAAUCAGAAAACGACGAUUGACCUCCUCACGGAUAUUUCGACCAACAUGAAACGAAUUGUCGUGAAAGCUUCAGGGUGA